AGUGCGAAAGGACCUGCCUUCGUUCCACAAACAGUCGAUUUCACUAACGACUUACCGCGACACCCUCCACCUAUUUUUCACUCAUCCUCUCCAUUUUCCACUCGCAAUGGACUCUUUCACCACCUUCACCGCCAUCUUCUCCACGCCCAAAGUUGAGGACGAUAACAUGACAUCUUCGAGUCCAGUUGAUGAAGAGAGCACGAGUAGUGGUGGUAACUCAUAUUGCGUCGUAGCAUGAGGCUUGAGCAUAGGGUGCAUUUUAUUAACUUAUUAGGGACAUGUAAUAUGCGAUAUCAACCACCAUCCAUCCAUCCAUCCAUUCACCACCGAGCACGCUGUAGGGGAUCUUCAAGGGAUUUUUUUUUGUGCACACACACUUCGUUUUCACAGUGCACUAGACACAUUCGACCUUCGUUUUCGUAUGAACUGUUGUAUUAUUUAGUAUGGGGCCCUUGGAGAUGAUCUUGCACGUUGAAUCCAUGUCAUAUGUAUAUGGCGAUAUUAUCCGUUCACUCUGUAUGUU